UCCGAGACCAAUUUUGGGCGACCCAACUCGUCAACUGAGAAGAAGAGAGACGGUCAGAAACGGCGACCUUUCUCCUCAUCUUUCCCGUCUUCUCCUCUGCCUUAUAUAGAUGAUGAAAUUCUAAUGGCGAUUUCUCUCUCCCCUUCGAUCUUAUCGAAACUCUAAAUUUUCCUUUCUGUAAGUCUUGCAACGAAUUUCUCUUAAUAAGUUUUCUCGAUUCCUUGUCUGAGGAAUUCACUGGUAAUACCUUCUGGCCAUGCGACCCUGGUUUUCUGAUAUCUCCCUCUCGAGAGAGGAAUCCCUAUAUUUGACUCAACAAAUUACCUCCUUUCAACGUCUCAAUUUUAGUUUCAGCAAUGACCGGCGACUCUCAUGUUCCUAAUACUAAGGGCGUACUCUGCAAUGCUGGCGCCGGUGCCGCUGCUGGAGUAAUUGCUGCCACAUUUGUUUGCCCUUUGGAUGUGAUCAAGACAAGGUUUCAGGUUCAUGGGCUGCCCAAGCUUGCAAAUGGACACAUGAAAGGCAGCCUCAUUGUUGGAAGUUUGGAGCAAAUAUUCCGAAAGGAGGGGUUACGUGGCAUGUAUCGUGGACUUUCUCCCAGUGUGUUGGCUUUACUCCCAAACUGGGCGGUGUAUUUCACCAUGUACGAACAGCUCAAAAGCUUACUCUAUACUGAUGAAGGAUGCCAUCAACUCUCAAUAGGUGCAAACAUGGUAGCUGCUGCUGGUGCUGGAGCUGCAACAACCAUUGCCACCAAUCCUCUUUGGGUUGUGAAGACAAGAUUUCAAACGCAAGGAAUGAGGGCGGGAGUGCUUCCAUAUAGGAGUACACUAUCUGCUUUGCGAAGAAUAGCUCAUGAGGAGGGUAUUCGUGGAUUAUACAGUGGUCUUGUGCCUGCAUUGGCAGGAGUUAGCCACGUUGCAAUCCAGUUCCCAACAUAUGAGAAGAUUAAAUUUUACUUGGCUAAGAGAGACAAUACCACCACGGAUACACUCAGUGCACGUGAUGUUGCGGUUGCCUCAUCAGUAUCCAAAAUAAUUGCAUCGACCUUGACAUAUCCACAUGAGGUGGUGCGCUCAAGGCUUCAAGAACAGGGGCACCACUCAGAGAAGCGAUAUUCUGGUGUAAUUGAUUGCAUUAAGAAAGUCUUUGAGAAAGAGGGUAUUCCUGGAUUCUACCGUGGUUGUGCCACCAACCUACUCAGGACCACCCCAGCUGCUGUUAUCACAUUCACCAGCUUUGAAAUGAUUCACCGGUUUCUUGUCAAUCUGUACCCUCCUGAGCCUCAACCUCAGACAUUGUGAAUACAGAUUUGACUCUUGUCUGAUAUCUUUGAAGCUCUAUUGAUUUUUUGGGGAACUGCAGAUCCACUUGAAGGAAAUUUAAUUCAGCCAGCAAAUAUUCGUCCAAUUGAUGGUUAAAAUCCAAGAUUAGAUUUGUAUAUUUAGUCAUUACAUGGUGCUCCAUGGCAGUGCCAACAGCAUUUUCAGCCUGGUUUAGCUUUUUAAGGUUGGGGAACAAUUCUACUGAAAAAAGGUUGGUAACAGAGUGUAUUAUGUUCAUAGGCCUCAAUACCUCUAGUCGUAAUAUUGGCUUUUUGGGGGGUGGGGUGGUCCUUGUAGUGACAUUCUGAUGAUGACGAUUACAAAAUUCGUUUGGUGUUGGUCGGACAUUUAGUCAUUAAUUAAUACAUAGUUGUUAUUUUUUUGGUACCUUUAA